AGAUGACAAUCCAUGAUUAUAUGGUUUAGCUGCACCUGCAAUGAGGGACAACUGUCUCUGGCAGCCAGUGUACUUGUAGGUUAUAAUCAGACAUCUAAAUAUCUAACGUCAUAGUUCAGGUAAUUUAGCUGAUAAUAUAAUCUCGUGACAUUUUUCAGUAGACAGCAACGUUGCAAAGCCAUCUAAUCAGCAGUCAGUAGAAAGGCAAGUUAACCGCAAGAUAGCUAACGUUACUGUUAGCUUAGCUAGCUAACAUAAACAAACAAACAUUUUGGGGUAUUUUGCGGUUUAACGAAAUGGAUAAAAAUGACACAACAACAUACAGUGUACAACUGUAUAUAUACGACCUGUCAAGAGGAAUGGCUCGCAAUCUCAGCCCCAUCAUGUUAGGAAAACAACUUGAUGGCAUUUGGCACUCAGCCAUUGUGGUUUAUGGAGACGAGUUCUACUUUGGAGGAGUGGGUAUUUCCAGCUGCUCACCGGGGGGAACAAUGCUUGGUUCCCCAGACACUGUGGUGGAAUUGGGAAACACAGAGGUGACAGAGGAGAUCUUCAUGGACUACCUGUCCUCGCUAGGAGAGAACACAUACAGAGGCGACAAGUACAGGUUGUUUGAGCACAACUGUAACACCUUCACUAAUGAGGUGGCCCAGUUCUUAACAGGCCGGAAGAUCCCUUCUUACAUCACAGACCUGCCCUCCGAAGUGCUCUCCACACCCUUUGGUCAGAUACUCCGGCCUAUACUGGACUCCAUCCACAUCGCUCCUCCUGGGGGGAACGUGAUCAAUGGUCGCCACAGCUAAACUGCCUGAACUGCACACAGUAAUAUUUAGAUAUGUUCUAAUUUACAUUUUCAACAUGUAGGUGGUUAUUGAAGAAACAUGGAGGGUAAAUCUCAGUGAGUCUAGUCAGUCAAACUGCUUUUGUACUGCAUAUGCUUGGUAUUAGUAUGAUUGUUUUAUAACUCCCCACCAGCAAUGCUCUCGCCUUUUGUAUAUUUAAAAAAUAUCAAUUUAGUUUCCAGUUUUUGUUUACGGAACUUCCUUAUUGCCUCUAAUGGUAUGAUCCUGAUCUGAGAGAAAGCUGCAAAACAUUAACUUUCUCACAAAUCCUACAAUAUCAUCAAUAUGAUUUAUAAGAAGGUUAGCAUGUAUCUCAAGUCAGGGUUUCAGCAUGACUUCCAAUGGACUACUCCACCUUCCACCAGAUGGUGUGUGCUAUAUACACCUCUGUGCCUUCACCUCUCACACCUUGGUGUUAAUGAUGCUGAUAGUGUGAUAUGAAGGAUUAAUGCUGAAGUGCACAAAAUCUGCAUUAGUCCUCUGGAUGAAGAAACAGACCAUGCGUAUCUUGUGUGUGUUUGAAAUAAUCUCAAAUGUAAUUUAUUAUGAAAAAGUUUGUAAAAAUGUGUGUUGGGGUCAAAUUAUACUUACAGUGAGGGAAAUAACUAUUUGAUCCCCUGCUGAUUUUGUAUGUUCGCCCACUGACAAAGAAAU